GUGUGGCUGCCACAAAUCCGCACCAUCCAUAACUGGGUAUAAAAAGAUCGUUUGCUUUUGGCUAAGACAUCAGUAUUUGCCUUCCUUUCCCCAGCUUGGUUAACAUCGUCUGAGAUACUUUCGACAAAAACUAAGUCUUGCUCGCUAAAAUAUGAAGGUCUUUGUUUGCUUAUUUGCCUCACUGGCAGUUGCAUCAGCCGGUAUCCUGGGUGGUAGCAGUGGUGGUGGUGGUGGCUAUAGCUAUGGUGGAGGACAUGGCGGUGGAGGUGGCGGUGGAUACAGCAGCGGUGGCCACAGCAGCGGUGGAUAUAGUAGCGGUGGAUACAGUGGCGGCCAUGGAGUUUCAUCCAUCUCAUCAGCUCCUGUCAAAGUUAUCAAAGUCAUCAGCAGCGGAGGCUCCAUUGGUGGAGGCGGUGGUGGCGGACAUGGUGGAUGGUCCAGCGGUGGAUACGAUAGUGGCAUCUCCCUAGGAGGUGGAGGCGGCGGUCACGGAGGCUGGUCCAGCAGUGGUGGAUACGACAGUGGAUUAUCAUCCUAUGGCGGUGGCCACGGUGGUGGUGGUGGAAUCGGAGGUGGUGAAGUUAAGAUCAUCAAAGUCAUCUCUGGAUCAUCAGGAUCUUCCAUCGGUGGAGGCCAUGGUGGUGGCGGAUGGUCAUCAGGAGGCUCUUUGGGAGGAUAUGGCGGCGGUGGCUAUGAAAGCAGUUACGGUGGAAGCUUAAGUGGCGGCUACGAAGGCGGUCAUGGUGGCAGCAGCUAUGGUGGUGGUGCUGAACAAAUUAAAAUUGUAAAAAUCAUCACUUCCGACUCUGGUAUUGGAGGAGGACACGGUGGCAGCAUCGGAGGAGGAAGCAUUGGCGGAGGACACGGUGGUGGAUGGUCGUCAGUAGGCAGCCUCGGUGGAGGCGGUGGCGGGUGGUCGUCAGGAGGUAGCAUCGGUGGCGGUGGAUGGUCUUCCGGUGGAUCCUCUGGUGGAUGGGACUAAAUUUUAUCCCAAAACACAACCAAUAACCGAAUCUUAAACGCAAAGACCUUUAUGUGAUAGACCCUUUAAAAAUCUAUAUGAAUGUUGAAUACUCUAUAGCGUGAAUGAGUGAGUGAGUGUACCUGAAAGCAAAGAUCAGACGUUGUUAAUAAAUUUUUCUUGUUACCAAAAAAAAAUCA